GACGGUGCUAAGCUCGUUUCGCAUUCCAUAACAGGUCCGAGACUCGGCCGGGUUGCUCAACGUGAAUCCUUCCUCCAUCUCCAUAGGUGGCGUCUCGGCGGGAGCGCACAUCUCGUUGGUCCUGCAACACAUGGCACGCGACGCCGGCAUCCCCUUGAAGCUGUGCAUGGCGUCUGUAACGCCGUCCAGUGACGUGCUGACUUACAAGUACUACACCGAUUCCCCGUUUCCGUCCUUCCACGAGUUCUACCGGGGACCAGUGCUGCCUUGGGAGCGCAUCAAGUUCUUCGGCCGUACGUGCAUCCCGCCGGAGAAGCUUCCCGAAUUGCGCGAGAUGUGGCCCGAAUGGUGGUUCGCACCCCUUCGCGCGCCCAACUGGAGCAACCUCUGCGAUACGUUCAUCCGGACCGCCGAGGCAGAUCCCUUGCGAGACGAAGGAGAAGCCUACGGAAUGAAGCUCGCCGACGGGGGGAACAAGGUGACGAUCAAGAGAUACCUUGGCUGCCCACACACUUUUAUGUACAUUAAUGCCAUGAAGCGGAAGCACGAGUACGACCAGGACUCGAUUGCCGCUUUGAGGGCUGCGCAUGCCCUUGGUUGACCGGGGAGACACGACAGGAUGAGGCGGCAAUCAUUUUUCGACAGUCAUUCUUCGUACGGUGUGAGCGUGGCGUCUGCUGAUACUGAAUCAAUACAAUUGCGUAGAACUCAGAUACAAGUCCAUAUCC